AUUUUCUACAGGGCAGAGCUCAUGAAAUCCCACUGAACCUCCUUGACAAGAGCUUUUAACCUUCUGGCUGAACCAGCACAGAAAGAAUACUGGAUUUUGGAAUCAGAAAGCCUGGGUUCAACUCCUGAUUCUGCCAGUUCCUAGUUGUGUGGCUGUCAUCUCUGUACAGAUGAGUUUUAGAUUUAUUUAUCCAGCCCUGACCUCUUUCCUGACCUCAAGUCUGAAAUUUCCAACUGCUUAGUGGGUGUUUUGAAUUGGAUGUCUAGUUGACAAGUCCACAACUGAACUCUUUGUUAACCCUUUCCCUGCUCAACUUCCCAAUUAUUUUAAAGAGCACCUCUAUCCAGUCACCCAGGCUCACAGAAAAGUUGUAAUGCUCAGUUACUCUUUACUCUUUCUCAUCUCCCCUCUUCCCCCAUAUCCAAUCUCCAACAUCUCUAGCAUCGAUCCCCUUCUCUCCUUGGACAUUGCCACCACCUUUGUUCAGGACCUCUUCACUUCAUUUCUUUUGGAUGACUGCAGUAGUCUGCAAAAGAAAAAGAAAGGAAGGAAGGAAAGAAGAAAGAAAGAGAAAGAAAGAGGGAAGGAAGGAAGGAAGAAAGAAAGAAAGGAAAGAAAGAAAAAGGGACAAUAUUCUUGCCUCUUGGAUUUUAUCGUUACUAUACAGAUAUGCUGUUGAUUUUCAUGGGUUAAUUUUGUAGCCUAAGACUUUACUGAAGCUAUGUCUCAAUAUCUUUGUUGAUUCCCUAGGAUCUCCUAAGGCAAUAUAAUAAUGUACAUCUGAGUGUUUGAUUGGAUUCAAAAGUUUGCUAUGCCACUUACGUCUUUGUGAUUUGGGGCAAAUCACUCCUCUGGGACUCAGUUUCUUUAUCUGUAAUAGGAAGAGGAUGGAGGGGAAAGCUUCUAAAGUCCCUUUCAGCUCUAAAUCUAUGAUCCUCUGUUCUCAAGAAUGGAUCUCUCUACAUCCAUUAACCGUCCACAAUAUGUCCUAUUAUUAGUAACAGGACAGCCCCCUCUGUUUACUAUUGUCCUUACACUCAGCCCUUCUGUCUCAAAGAAAGGGGGGGGGCAAAAUACCUCCAAAGCUACCAAUUAAAAUUUAACUUCUUAUCCAGGUAGUUCCUUUGAUGAAGAACACACACAAGGAUACACUGUGGCUAAACCCGAAGCUGUUUCCAGGGCUGCUUCUGCCCUUUUGAUUUUAUUGGGUCGGAACACUGGUAAGCGCUGAGGUCCCCAGCCUCAGAGUUUCCAAAGGUGCUGAAGAUUAGCUUGGAGAGAGCGAGAGCGCGCCCACCGUGGGAGGAUGAAGCUGUUUUUCGUUGUGUUCCCCCUGUUCGUGAUGCUUCUGACCGAGGACUUCACAGUGGCUUCAUCCUAUGAUGCUUUCUAUGAGGGUGACACCAACUCAAUAAUAGAACCAAACUGCAAACAAUAUGGCAUUCCAGGAUGUCCAAGAAACUUAAACCCUGUAUGUGGAACAGACUCUAUAACCUAUUCCAAUGAAUGUCUACUUUGUGAGAAAAAUAGGGAGCAAGGCGGGGAUAUUAAAAUCAAGUGGAAGGGAGUUUGCUGAAGGUUCAACGGUCACAGAGGAGAAUACAGCUGAGAGAAAACACUUUAAAAUGGGAGCAUCACCUGCAAUUUUAGCUUUUACUUUUCAAGUUUCAUAAAUUUUCUUGAUUCGCUUCCAUUUUUAAUUUCCAAUCAAUUAAUUAACUUUGCUUAGAUACUUUGCUUAAAUAAGUCUGCUUGACCCACUUCCCUAUUAAUUAAUUAAGAUCUAAUUGAGAGAGGGGAUGUGAGAAGGCUUUUAAAAUGCUGGUGGUUGUUUCCUGUGCUGGGUCUCUUCUCUGUAGCCCUUCUGAAGAUCUCAUUUGCCUGAUGGUUUUUGCAUUGUCUCCAAGCCUGAAUAAAACCAACAUUUAGUUCCACUGCAAUGUGAGAGCAUCACUGCAACAUGCUGACCGACUUGCUUCACCUGCAGCAUUCCCUUUCAAGUGAAGGUGCAUUUCAUUGUUCGGGGACAGCUAACUUUUGAGAAGGCAAGACUGCUGCCUUUUUCACUUCAGAUAUUCUAAUACGGGUAUUUUGUUGGAAGCUGGUCCUGUGCUCUGCACACAAAGGGUCAAGAAUCUGACAACUGGCUAAAACUAAGUUUAGCAAGUCAUAGAAACUGAGAUAGAAAGUAGUUUUGGGGUCUGGUAGCCUUAGCUGCACAGCUCCACCUUCAGAGUGAAAUGGAGGAAGCUACCUUUAUUUCCCUUUCCUAGGUUUGGUUCAGAAUUUAGAGACUGAGAAUUUUAUCCCAGCAACAGCAAGGAUGGGUAUAGGGUGGGUAUAGAGCCAGCCUCUGAGUCAAAGAUAUGGGUUGGAGUCUAGCCUCUGACAUAUACUGACUGUGGGACCCUGGACAAGUCACUUAACCUGCUAGUGUCCUUCAGGCAUCUCUCUUCAAGACUAACUGGGAAAUUCCUCCCAUAAUCUGGUAAAAAAAAAAUAGUGGGAGGGGAAGAUGGUGGUGUUUAUUUUGUGCCAUUUUGUUCUAAAAAUUCCAUGACCUUUAGGAAAUCAUAUAUACUGUUGUUUUUAUAUAUAUAUAUAUUUUUUUUGGUGAGGCAUUGGGGUUAAGUGACUUGCCCAGGGUCACACAGCUAGUAAGUGUUAAGUGUCUGAGGCCGGUUUUGAA